AUGCCACCCGACAGCGCAGAUACAGCUUAUAUCAACGCGUUUCAUGUUGCGUGUAGUAAUGGUGACCUGCUAAAAGUCCGGGAGGCCCUCGCCAGCGGGCGACUCUCUGCCGAGCCUCUUGACACUGGACUCAGUCUCGCCACCCAAGCGGCACAUCUGGAUAUCGUGGCGGCGCUCUUCGAUGCCGGCGUGCCCAUAACACCUGAUACAGUAGGCUCUCUUUGCGGGAAGGAAGGCCAUCAGGACCCGCGUGUAAUUCGCCUCUACUUUGACCGUGGCCUGAAACCUAGAAAAUGUACCACGUCCUUCGGCGAGCCUCUUCUCCGCUUUUUGAAUACUGCCUGUGCUCGCGAGUUACUGGAGCGAGGUGUUGACCCCAACCGUUGCGGCCCGAAGAAGACGAAACCCCUCGCCAGUGCCCUUAACAAGGCCUAUAAAGACAAUGGAGCUUUGUUCGACCUGCUCGUUGAAUACGGCGCUAAGGUGGAAUCCAGUCUCUUCUUUUCCGCUAUUUGUUGGAGCAGGUUGAAUACAGCGUUCAAAACUAGAUUCCUUCUUUCCAAGGGUCUUGAUCUGAACACAACCUCCGCGGACUGGGGCACCCCUUUACACUGUGCUGUCCGCUUCGCUAUGGAGGACGUGGUCCAAAUACUACUAGACGCAGGCGCAGAUCCUACAGCGCGACCGGGGUGCAAACAAUUCCGCGACCAAAGCCCUGCGGAAGUAGCCGAGUUACUCAUACAAGCCAAUGAUCCCAGCAUGCAGGCCAAGUAUCAGAGUAUACUCAAACUCCUUGUAGCUGCAGAAGUUAGUCACACCAAUUCUACAACCGCUUUGUCUAAAAAGCUGACCAAGCAUAAGCAUCCAACAAGCUCGGUACAAGCUAAUACAGAGAAGCCAAGCGCCGUGAAUGCUACAGAGCCUACAGCAAAGAGACAGAAAACCAUUACCUAG